AUGAGGAGUCAAAGAAGCUUGCAGCUGCGGCAUUCAGAAAAAAAGGUGGCUGCCGCAACUGCUACUUCCUUGGGAAGGGGGUUGUUGUGUUUUGCAAUUAAUUGGUUGUCUGGUGACAUUGCUGUGAUUGCUGAGACUGGGGAUUCUUGGUUCAAUUGUCAGAAUCUUAAACUGCCUGAGGGAUGCGGGUAUGAGUUCCAAAUGCAGUAUGAAUCUAUUGGUUGGUCUGUUGGGGCAACUCUGGGUUAUGCACAUGCAGCACAAGAAAAGAGGGUGAUUGCUUUCAUUGGUGAUGGUAGCUUUCAGGUAACUGUUCAGGAUAUAUCAACGAUGCUAGAAUGCUGCGUACAGAGGACUAUCAUCUUCUUGAUAUACAAUGGUGGUUAUACAUUUGAAGUUGAGAUCCAUGACGAACAUUACAAUGUGACCAAGAACUGGAAUUACACUGGACUAGUCGAUGCAAUCCCCAAUGGGGAAGGAAAAUGUUGGAUAACAAAGGUUCAAUGUGAAAAGGAGCUUGUGGAAGCAAUUGAAACUGCAACUGGAGUGAAGAAAGACUGCUUGUGCUUCAUUGAAGUGAUUGUCCACAAGGAUGACACCAGCAAAGACCUGCUUGAAUGGGGUUCUAGAGUCUCAGCGGCUAAUAGUCGUCCACCAAAUUCUCAGUAAAAUUUCUGAAUGUUCAUAGCAAAUAUCAGAUCACCACAUUAACGGUUCUGCAAGUUGACAAGUUCCCACGUUAUUUCUCAUUUUUAGUUUUCUAGUUCGCAUCACAUGCGAGGGUAUUCUGCUAGUGUUGCUUGUUCAUAAGAUUGUCAAUUUUGGGAAUGCUGUCUCUUUUCUUUUAACAAAGUUUUUUUUAACAUGAUGCCUUCUAUGAAGCUUUGCGACCUUGUUAUGUGAUAAUGAUCUGGCCAUCUGGGUGAACACAAAGUAUGACUAUAUGAGUUCUACUUUGUUAUGUUGCUGUGUUACCAUAUAUUCAAUUAAACUACAUUUCAUUGAUUUAUUAGGAUUUGAAACGAACCGAAAUCAUAUUUUUAAUUUCAUGCAGAAUUCAAACCAAAUUGUAAUC